CCGCUGGAUCUCAAGAUGACGGAGUCCUUCUGUCACGUCUGGGAUACAAGGAGACACGCUACGGGACAAACACAAACCGGUUACACGCUGCUGGCGAAGGUCCGCAUGGACACGGAGUUAGAGGAGAUGGACCUUCAGCUCUUCAAAGACUUCAUUGAGAGCACCUUUCCAGGAAGUUUACUGAAGGAUGAACACCAGGGAAUGGUCCACUAUCACCUGACUGACAAAACUCUCACCUGGGCACAGGUGUUUGGUGUUUUAGAAACAGCCAAAGAGAAGUACAGCAUCGAGGACUACUGCGUCAGCCAGAUCUCUCUGGAGCAGGUGUUCCUCAGCUUUGCCCAGUUCCAGCACUGCGCCGAGGCCUGCAGGAAAUGACACGCUCAAGCACUAAAAGGGCGGAGCUUCACCUGAUGAGUAGGAGGCACAGCGUUUGUGAGCAGUUUGAGUUUCAACGGAAAGUUCAACACACCAUCGGAAACAGUCUUUGAAUUUUAAUCGGUGGGGCUCCACACCGAAAAGAAAGGACGUUUAUUCAUCAUCUGUAAGGGCGACAGACGG